CAGGCGCAUCCCGCGAACAGCCAGGACCGGCCUGACCCACGGCGACCGUCAGCUACCAUCGCCGCCGGACACACAGACGCCAUGAACAUGAUCCCCCGCCUCGUCUCCUGCUGGUUAGCCCUCGCGGGCACAGCGCUCACGCGGGACGUCUUCGACCCUCUUAGCUACGUCGACCCGUUGAUCGGCGCCAGCAAUGGCGGCAAUGUGUUCCCUGGGGCCUCUCUGCCCUACGGCAUGGCAAAGGCAGUGGCUGAUACGAAUAGCGGAAGCAGACAGGGCGGGUUCACUAUGGAUGGGUCCGCCGUGACAGGCUUCAGCAUGAUGCACGACAGCGGGACCGGAGGCAACCCGAGCCUGGGCAACUUUGCCUUGUUCGCCUAUGCCAAUUGCCCUGGCGGCGACAUCAACCGGUGUGCCUUUCCCAAGAAGACCCGCGCUGCCUUUGGGGGCUUCCGCAACAGGGACGUAUCCGCAAAGCCCGGCACCUUUGGCAUCACUCUGAACAGCGGGAUUCGAGCCGAGAUGACCACAACCCACCACGCCUCCCUCUUCAAGUUCUCUUUCCCGACGGACGGUCCUGACGGCGAGCCAGCCAAGCCUCUCAUCCUGCAGGAUCUCACGGACCUGGCCGACUCCAGGCAGGAUAACGGUACGGUGACGGUCGAUCCUGCAACAGGACGCAUCACCGGCAGCGCCCGCUUCCUGCCGAGUUUUGGUGCUGGGAGUUUCGAGCUGCACUUUUGCACCGACUUCUCCGGGGCGAAGAUACUGGACAGUGGCAUCUUUGUGAACAGCCGUGCCAGCACCGAGGUUCAGACGCUGACGAUCUCGCGAUCGAUCAAUGGGUAUCCGCUCCCAGGGGGUGCUUUUGUACGGUUCAACUCGGGAGCAGAGCCGAUCUUGGUCCGUACUGCUACCAGCUUCAUCAGCGCUUCCCAAGCUUGCCAGCAUGCCGAGAAGGAAAUCCCCCACUUCGACUUCACCGCUGUCUCCGAAGCGGCGACAAAGGCGUGGAGGAAGAAGAUGAGCCCGAUCAAGGUAUCGACCAGCAAGGUCAACGGCUCGAUGUUGACGAACUUCUACAGUGGCAUCUACCGAACCAUGAUCAACCCGCAGAAUUACACGGGUGAGAACCCGCUCUGGUCCAGCAACGAGCCGUAUUUCGACUCCUUUUACUGCAUCUGGGACCAGUUCAGAUCCCAGCUUCCAUUCUUGACAAUCAUGGACCCAACAGCCGUGACAGAGAUGGUUCGCUCGCUGAUCGACACCUACCGCCACUUGGGAUGGCUCCCAGACUGUCGGAUGAGCCUCAACAAGGGCUACACCCAGGGCGGGUCCAACGCUGAUGUCGUGCUGGCCGAUGCAUUCGUCAAGGGACUCAAAGGCGGUAUUGAUUGGGAUGAUGGCUACGCUGCCGUGGUGAAAGACGCCGAGGUCGAGCCGUACGACUGGUGUUGCAAUGGUCGAGGAGGGUUGGACUCUUGGAAGGCUCUUGGCUACAUCCCAGUUCAGGACUUCGACUACAAGGGCUUUGGUACUAUGACCAGAAGCAUCUCGCGGACGCUGGAGUACGCGUACAACGACUUUUGCAUCGCUCAGAUGUCCGCUGGUCUGGGAAAGAGUAGUGACACGGAAAAGUACCUGGAGUCAAGCGACAACUGGCAAAACCUCUUCAAAGCCGACCAGCCCUCAGUCUGGUGGAACGGCACCGACACCGGCUUCACCGGUUUCUUCCAGCCUCGGUACCUGAACAAGACAUGGGGCUUUCAAGAUCCCCUAAACUGCAGUAACCUCGACUCCUUUAGCGUCUGCUCCCUGCAGAACACGGGACGCGAGACCUUUGAAAGCAGCAUCUGGGAAUAUGGAUUCUAUGUCCCGCACGACCAAGCAACCCUCAUAACGCUCUACGGCGGGCCUGACGCAUUCGUAGCCCGCCUCAACUACCUGCACGACAGCGAGAUAACCUACAUCGGCAACGAGCCCUCCUUCCUGACCGUCUUCCAAUACCACUACGCAGGCCGCCCGGCCCUCUCCGCCCUCCGCGCGCGGUUCUACAUCCCCUCCUUCUUUCAACCCACCCCGGCCGGUCUCCCGGGCAACGACGACAGCGGCGCGAUGGGCUCGUUCGUGGCCUUUGCCAUGAUGGGCCUGUUCCCGAACCCGGGCCAGGACGUGUACCUGAUCACGCCGCCCUUCUUCGAGGAGGUGAACAUUACGCACCCGCUAACGCGCAAGACGGCGCGGGUGCGCAACGUCGGCUUCGACCCGUCCGACGCGCAGAAGGUUUACAUACAGAGCGCCACGCUCAACGGGGAGGCCUACACCAAGAACUGGGUGGACCACUCAUUCUUCACCGAGGGGAAGGAACUUGUCCUGACGCUGGGCCGCAACGAGAGCGCGUGGGGCACCAGGACCGAGGACCUGCCGCCCAGCCUGGGCAACUAUGAAGGGUUUGGCGGUGGUGCUAAUAGCACGGUGUUGGCGAGGGCGUCGGCUCUCUGGGGGAAGAGGGGGUAUAAAGGGGAUUUUGAGAUGAGAAACAGAUAUGGGACGUGAGACUGACUCGUCGUUAAUAGUAGACAUCAGUAGGUAGCUGUUGGUCAGCUCAGCAAUCGCCGGCUCCUCGGCCAGCAAGCUUGGUAUUUAUUCUCAUAAUUACCUGAGU